AUGGAGGAAAGUGAAAGAAAGCAUGGGAAAUCUGACAGCAAAGAGAAAGAAAUCUACACCCGGGACCUGCACUCCGGAGCCCGCACAAGCCACAACCAGUGCAGCCGCGGAGGGGGACGAAACCGACGUGUGCUCGGAGAAGUUCGACCGAUGCUCGCCUUGUACUCUCCCACCGUCACACUGCCUUUCCCCAACGCCCUGUGCCUCAAUAAUCUGGCCGCCUACGAGAGCGCUCUGAAGGGUAGCAGGGCGAGGGGAGCCAAGCCCGAGAAUGUGGAGAGACGGCGAAGAAAAGCCAUGAAAGGAGUGGCGGACCCGGAGAGGAUCGAGCGGCUGAAGAAGCUCAUGGUGAACAACCCGGUGGACCCGGAGAGCAGCGGAGCUCAGCGGGGCCGCAGGAAGAGCAAGCCGGUGAAGAACGUUCUCACAAGGAUGACAGUGUGCGAGGGCAGUCCUCUGGGGGAACUCUACAGAUAUAUUCAGGAACGAAUCCGGGCCAUGGUUGACGUGGAUGAGACGUACAGAGAGCCUCUCCUGGGACAGGCGUUCUACCAUGAGAAGGCGCUCACUGUUACAAGGAAGAUAGAAGAGGAGAGCGACAUUCAGUGCAGUGCAGUGUAUUGUGCUGUCCAUUCGGUCAGUAGGGGACUCAUCUCUGUAAACGCCAACGUCACCUUCCUGAUCGAGCCACUUCCUGUUUACAACAACACCCGGCAACAACCCCACGCCGUCCUCAGAGCCGACGCGCUCCUCCUCCCGACGGGUCACUGUCCGCAUCACCAUGGCGACGGCGCAGAUCUCCAGGGGGGGCUUGAUAACUUUGUCCACGGCAUGAUGUCACCCCACAACAAAAGGGAAAAAAGAGACCUCACUAAGAAUAUGAAGUAUGUGGAGCUGAUGCUUGUGGCGGACAAAGCUGAGUUUGAGAAGCAUGGGAGCAGCCUUGAGAAAACUCAACUGAAGUUACUGGAAGCAGCUAACUUGGUUGAUAAGUACUACAAAUCCCUAAACAUUCGAGUGGCGUUGAUUGGUCUGGAGGUGUGGACCAGUCAGGACCUGAUCGCUGUGUCCGAUAAUCCUCACAGCACUCUGGCGUCGUUCCUGUCCUGGAGAGGAAAGCACCUGCGCUCUCUGCCCAAUGACAAUGCACAGCUCAUUACGGGGAGGUUAUUCCAGGGCACCACCAUCGGACUGGCUCCACUCAAAGCCAUGUGCUCAGACUUCCAGUCCGGAGGAGUCAACACAGACCACUCAGAGUCAGCUGUUGGUGUUGCCGCCACAAUGGCUCAUGAGAUGGGACACAACUUUGGGAUGAGUCAUGACGUCCCCGGGUGCUGCCAGGCCAAAGCGGAGGACGGGGGAUGCAUCAUGGCCGCUGCCACUGGGCAUCCUUUCCCAAAAGUAUUCAACGCCUGUAACAUGAAAGAGCUGAAAAACUACCUGAACUCUGGAGGUGGGAAGUGUCUUUUUAACCUGCCCAACACCAGAGCCAUGUACGGAGGGCAGCGCUGCGGGAAUGGCUACCUAGAGGAAGGGGAGGAGUGCGACUGUGGGGAGGAGGAGGAAUGCACAAGUCCCUGCUGCAAUGCCAACAACUGUACCCUGAAAGCUGGAGCUGAAUGUGCCCAUGGUGUCUGCUGCGACAACUGCAAGCUGAAGAGCCCGGGCGUGUUGUGCCGCGCCCCCUCUGGACAAUGCGAUCUCCCGGAGUAUUGCGACGGGAAGGCUGAAUCCUGUCCCGCUAACUUCUACCUGGUGGAUGGAGCCUCAUGCUCGGGGGGGCGGGCCACCUGUUACACCGGCAUGUGCCUCACGCUGGAGCAGCAGUGUCGCUCUCUGUGGGGAAAAGAUGGCCGUCCUGCUCCAGACCUGUGUUUUCAGAAGGUGAAUGAAGCCGGGGACAUGUACGGAAACUGUGGCAAAGAUCUGGAUGGGGAGUACAAGAAGUGCAGAGAAAGAGAUGCUAAAUGUGGGAAGAUUCAGUGCCUCUCUUCAGCCACUAAGCCACUGGAGACCAGUGCUGUGCGUAUAGAGACCACAGUCACUCUGGGGACUAAGAAGGUCCUGUGUAUGGGGACCCAUGUAUACAAGUUUACCCAGGGGGACGAGGACCCUCAGGGGGACACUCUGGACCCUGGGCUGGUCAUGACAGGCACCAAAUGUGGAGAAGACUCGAUUUGCUUUAAUGGAGUGUGCCGCAAUGCAUCAUUUCUCAGAACUGCUGAGUGCAAUGCCAAGUGCCACGGACAUGGGUUGUGCAACAAUAACCACAACUGUCACUGUGACCCGGGCUGGGCUCCUCCACUGUGCGAUCAGAGAGGCUCAGGAGGGAGUGUGGACAGCGGACCAGUCAUCAGCAACAAUAACCUCUUGCUAGUCGUGGUGAUCCUCCCAUUGGUGCUCUUUGUUGUGGUGGCGGCCAUCGGACUGUGGUGCUGCUACAGGCAUAAGCUCCGGCCAAUGAAGGCCUCCACUCCUCCUCCAGUGCCGAGCUGCUCAGUCCCUGUUGAAGUCAAACCGCUGACCGACAGCAACAAAGUUAACGGCCACUCCAAUCCAACGUUCCUGCUGAAGAAACAGGACAAUGCUCAGUUGGAAAAGUCAUCUCCUCGAUCCAGACACGCGAUCGUGCGGCCCGCGGGGAAGCCCCCUCCUGUCCCUGCGUAUGCGACGGAUAAACCCACAUCUUUGAGUCUGGCAACAGGAAACCCUUCUGUUAAAUCUGCCCCAAAGAAAACUCCAGCUCCGCAGCCUCCUCCAGGUCCACCUCCUUCACUUCACCCAAACCCCAAACCAGCUGCUCUUUCAGGGACAAAAUCCAGACCAGACCCCCCGAACAGACCUCCACCUCCCUGCCCUGUGACUCCCAGCAACAAGUCCACUGCAGAUCAACCUAAAGUUUUUAAAGUCCAAAUUACAAGUGAAGCUCUGCUGAAGAAGAAAACCGCUUUGGCUCCCUCUGCUGGACAGAAGAAGACAUCAAGGAGUUAA